CAUCCCUACCCAGAUCUUGUUUUAAUCACUAAAAUCGUUGAUAUUGCUGUCACUAAGCUUCAGCCCCUACAUUUUCAUUCUCAUUCUAUAUAUAUCAAAUUACUUACAACGUACAAUCUCAGUGGAAAAAGCUAAGAUACAGAAAAUUGGAGUGCAACAUAGGCACCUCAAAUAUCCGCAUCAACGAAAACAAGUAGAAAAGUAAUUUGCGUCGAGAAAUGGACAAGAUAGAGCACAAAUACGUGGAAAUCAACGGUCUGAAGCACCACGUGGCCGAGAUCGGCGGCGAUUCAUCGCCGGCGGUGGUGUUCCUACACGGAUUCCCGGAAAUAUGGUACUCGUGGCGCCACCAGAUGAUCGCCGUUGCGGAAGCUGGCUUCAGAGCCAUCGCGCCCGAUUACAGAGGGUACGGGCUAUCCGACCCGCCGCCCCAACCCGACAAAGCCAUCUUCUUGGACCUCGUCGAUGACCUCCUCGCCCUCCUCGAUGCUCUUUCUCUCUCCAAAGUUAUCCUCAUAGGUAAAGAUUUUGGAGCCAUGGUAGCAUCCUUAUUUACCCUCCUUCACCAGGACAGGGUUCUGAGCUUCGUGACAAUAGGCGUCCCUUUCAUGCCUCCUCGGCCCCCCUCGCACCAUAACGAUCUCCCCGAGGGCUUCUACAUUACAAGAUGGAAGGAGCCUGGCCGCGCUGAAGCUGAUUUCGCCCGCCUUGAUGCCAAGACGGUAGUCAGAAACGUGUACAUCUUGUUCUCCCGGAGUGAAAUACCGAUAGCAAACGAGAACCAAGAGAUCAUGGACUUGGUGGAGCCGUCCACGCCUCUCCCCUCAUGGUUCACCGAAGACGACCUUGCUACCUACAGGGCCUUGUAUGAGAAAUCAGGUUUCAGGACUGCCUUGCAGGUUCCUUAUAGGUAUCAUGAAAUUAAAUAUAAAACACUUGUAUCAGCUCAUCCUAAAUUUGAAAUGAUGAUUUCUGGUACAUCAUAUUCUAGGUCGAUGGGCACACAGUUGGAUAUACCAGAUCCUAAAGUCGAGGUUCCAGCGCUGCUGAUAAUGGGGGAGAAAGACUAUGUGCUGAAAUUUCCAGGAAUCGAGGACUACAUUAGGAGUGGAACAGCUAAGUCAUAUGUGCCUAACUUGGAGGUCACUUUCAUGCCUCAAGGAAGCCAUUUUGUUCAAGAGCAAUCACCUCAUGAGGUCAAUAGCCUCAUCCUUAACUUCCUCAGUCGCCAUAAGUGAGCGAGAAUGAUACGACUUCGGGGCAAACACGGUGAGACGAGGACCUGUCUGCAGCCGAGGGAUCUUGUGAGGAGUUGCGGAAGCCUCUUAAGAGGCUCAAAGACUGACCAUUAUUAGUAUCUUGUUAUUACAUCAUAGUUGUGUGUUAUGUAAAGAAUCCGCUGUUUUUCUUCUUCUUUCUCGCAAAAUAAGAGAGGAAACUGGAUCCUUGUCCCA